GUCAGUUGCGACCCGGAAAUGAACGAGAUCUCACGUCAUCAGGAAGGAUCACAACAAACCGGCUGUUCUGCGUUAGUGUAGAGAUUUAACAUUAAUAUAAUAAACACUACAGCUGCUUCAGAACCAUGGCUCAGAAAAUAAACGAGGCCCAUGAGCACAUCGCCAAAGCGGAAAAAUAUUUAAAGACCAGUUUUAUGAAAUGGAAACCGGAUUAUGACAGCGCUGCGUCAGAAUACGGAAAAGCAGCUGUCGCUUUCAAAAAUGCCAAACAACUAGAAGAAGCGAAAGAUGCUUACUUACAAGAAGCCGAGGCUCACACCAACAACAGAACUCUUUUCCAUGCUGCAAAGGCUCUCGAGCAGGCAGGGAUGAUGCUGAAGGACAUGCAGAGGCUUCCUGAGGCAAUUCAGUACAUAGAGAAAGCCAGUAUGAUGUACAUCGAGAACGGUACACCAGACACUGCUGCCAUGGCCCUCGACCGAGCUGGGAAGUUAAUAGAAACUGUGGAUUUAGCUAAAGCUGUGGAUCUCUAUCAGAAAGCUGCAUCAGUGUUUGAGAAUGAGGAACGUCUGCGGCAGGCUGUGGAGCUACUGGGCAAAGCCUCUCGGCUUCUCGUCCGACAAAAGAGAUUUGAUGAAGCAGCAUUGGCAAUCCAAAAGGAGAAGAACAUGUACAGAGACAUAGAAAAUUACCCGACGUGCUUCAAGAAAACCAUCGCACAAGUGCUGGUUCACCUACACCGAGCAGAUUUUGUAGCGGCUGAUAAAUGUGUGAGGGAAAGCUACAGUAUCCCAGGAUUCAGUGGGAGCGAGGACUGCAUUGCGUUGGAGCAGCUGUUACAGGGAUAUGACCAGCAGGAUGAAGAGCAGGUGGCCCGCGUCUGCAACUCGCCACUGUUCAAAUAUAUGGACAAUGACUAUGCUAAGCUGGCAAUCUCUCUCAAUGUGCCUGGAGGAGGGAAGAAGAAAAAAGCGGCUGCUGCUCCUGGAGACGGAGACGUGAGGAGUGGAGCUGAUAAGCCUGGGGAAGAGGAUGAUGAGUACGCUGGAGGACUCUGUUAGUCUAUUCAACCACAGAAUUGCUGAUCCCAGCAUACAUUUUCAGCCACAGGGAGAGAUUUUCCAGUACUGUACAUCCUGCUUUUGGGGGGGAAAAAACACCUAUCCCCUUUUUUGUUUGUAUAUUUUAUGUUCUGCUUUAAUGCUCGAUCAGAAAUGGGGGGGGAAUAGAGUCACAGCCAUGAUGAGUCAUAAGGUAAUAAAAAUCCAUCAUUAUAUAACGUUUAUAAUUAA